AAAAUGUACAAAUUAACUGAUAAAUAAAAAAAUUAAGGUGGAAAAAAAAACAAAUAGACAUUAUUUUUUCAUCAACAACAAAUAUUCGGUAAAAUACCAGUUCCUCAAAUGAUUUUAGCAUCAAUUAAAGAAACUGUUUAUCCACCUUCUUGGUGGUUAUAUCCUCUUAAAAGCUCUGCGAUUCCUUUCAAUAUUAAUCCAGCCGAAUAUAUGAAUGCACAUGAUAUUUUGAAGGCACAUUUGGAUAGAAUUUCAAUGGUAUUUGUUGAGCUGUUUAGAGUCAAUUGUCAUAAUCGAUCACGUCAAAGAAGAAUAUUAUGUAAAAUAGUAAAUGAAUGGGAAAUCUUACAAGAAGAAGCAGCAGGUGUAGAUGAAGUAUUCCAUGCAUUACAAAAAGAUAAAGAUGGAAAUCCACUCGAUACGCCAUAUUAUUUCUCUUCAUGGGCAUACAAUAUUAAACUAAUGAUGAUUGAAAAGAUUUUAUUUUUGGGAUUUGAAUUAGAUUUAUAUGGAGCUCAUGAAUAUAUCAUGAUUUAUUGGUAUAUUCAAUGUGUUUUAGGCAGUCGAGCCUAUUUAUUAGAUAGGAUUUAUAAUUAUCUCGACCAGAGAACGGCUACAGAUACUACUGAAUCUCAUCAUGUCUAUCAUGGUUUACGUAAAGAUCAAUUGUUAAAUCACAGUCGAAAAAAAUUAUCAGAAGCCAUGUUGAAAAUUUUCUUGGCAGCUAAAUAUACGCAUCAAUUUGAUCAAAGAAAACUUGUAUUUGAUGAUGAAAAGACAAGAUAUUUACAACGCUUCAAGCCCUUUGCAAAGUUAAUGUCACCUCCUCAUCCAACUUAUGACAUGUUUUUAGAAACAAUACAAGUGGAUAAUCUUGAUAUUCCUAGUCUUUUGAAUGUCAUCAAAGACGACCUUACAGAAACAAAGAAAACGUUAGAGGCUCUGUUAAGUAUGAAACAAGAAGAGACAAAUACAGAAAUGUGUUAUGAUUACUUUAAAGAAGAAAUCAAGAAUAUAAUUCGUACCAUUGUAGCCAAUAGCAUUGGUUUAAGCUAUAUUGUCCCUGACAAGCAAGAUCAUAAGCCAAUGAUUGACAUAGAUUUUAAAUAUCAUCCUUAUUUCCCUAUCAUUAAGAAAAUGUAAAAUCAAAUAUAUACAUAUACGCAUAUAGAACAAUAAGCAUAUAAUUAUAGAAUAAGAGUCUAUAUAUGUAUAUUAUUAUUAUAUAACGACCUUUCUACAUCUGGUAUGUAAUUCAAUAGUGUAUUUUUUUUU